UAUGAGCGUUUUUACCGCCAUGAUGGAUCCUAGAAAAUGGGAUCCCAAGAAGAAAAUUUGUCAAAGUCAGUCUUAAAAGACGACCUGACAGGACAUAAUGUUCAAAAUGCUUUAAAUCGAUUUCCCUAGAGUAAGUUUCAAAAUUUUCUUGAACCUGCACGCUUUGUGCAGUGUUUCAAAUUUUUAAAUUUGAGCGCCGCUUUGGGAACUUAAGAGCGCGUCAAGAUGAGUAAGUCGUUCAGAGCUCGGCAGCUCGAUUCCAACAAGCCUCUUCCAGUGUAUCGGGCGGAGGAACUACCCGAUUUGACGGAACUCAGCGCAAUAAAUCGUGCCGUACCUCAAAUGCCUACUGGAAUGGAGAAAGAAGAAGAAACUGAACACCAUCUUCAGAGAGCAAUCUCAGCACAGCAGGUUUAUGGUGAUACUCAGCAGCUGGUGAUACCAACUCCAGACACUGAGGAAAUCAAAGAUAAAGUUGUUGAAUUUCUUUACCAUGAUCCCUUCAAACAGCCAAAACAAUACAUCCAUGUCCAAGCUUUCAAUUUUGAAGAGGAACUGCCUGAGUAUGAUAUGGAUUCUGAGGAUGAGGAGUGGUUGAAGAACUUCAAUAAAAAGAAGGAGCUGCUGACUCCAUUUAGAUUUGAACAAUUUCUUGACCAGCUGGAGAGAAAUUCAGGAAACCAGGUGGUGUCUUUGAAUGAAGCCAAGUCAUUGUUGAAAGAAGGGGGUGAUAUAAUAAAGCCGCUCUAUGAGUACUGGAUGAAUAAACGGAAAAAGCUGAAGGAUCUGGUGAUAUCACUGACCCCACAGCUUAAAGGAGAAAAGAGGGAUGGCUCAUCUGCUAGUGAUCCAUAUGUUGCAUUUAGAAGAAGAACUGAAAAGAUGCAAACAAGAAAGAAUCGCAAGAAUGAUGAAGCCUCGUAUGAAAAAAUGCUGAAGCUUCGCAGAGAUUUAAAUAGAGCUUGCACAAUAUUGGAUAUGGUGAAGAGGAGAGAGCAGUCAAAAAAGGAACAUCUGCAGCUUACUAUUCAAGUGUUUGAGAAAAGAUAUGCUGCUGGAGAUUUUGCAGGUCAGAUCCUUCAACAGUGUAUGGAUAUGAUCAGAUAUCAACCUCCAGCCACCAAUCUUACUGUGCCAACAUCAGCAGGCUAUGGUGAGAAUGUAACACCUGGCUCGGGUACAGGAGGGGAGAGGGAUCACGAAUUAUGGAGAAGAGGAGCACAGGAAAGGCCACGAGUAGGCAAGAAUGACUACCUGAAUUACAAUGAAUUAGGUAUUAAGAGGCCUAAGCUCAGUCACCCUGUCAAGGCACCUCACAUUCAACCAUCUGGAGAUCAGAUAUUGUUCAGUGAUGAUGAGGAGCCAAUUCACGUCUCUCCGCCUCCAGUGGAUAUUCCAUCAGAACCUGAAGAUGAUGAAGAAGACCCUGAUGGUAGAUUCGCAUUUAAAAGAAAGCUUGGCGUCAGAUACAUCGCGCCUCGAUUCGAUAUGCCAGAGCCGCUGCCAUGGGUAGAUCCCUCCGAAGGUGGUUUGGGUGAUAGGAGAUUUCGUUUCAGUUGUACAUCAAUAUCAUCGCCGCAGAGAGUCAUUGGAUUUGCGCGGAGGAGAGUGGGUCGAGGUGGAAGGAUAUAUAUGGAUCGGGGCUACAGUCCUUUAUCGGAAGACUUAGACGAGUUAGACAUGCGUCUAAACGCUUUACCGUCAUCGUCCUUCUCGUUACCCAAUGGUUUAUUUCCAUAUGACCACCUAACAGGCUGGAAGAAGCCAUCGUUACUGCACUUCAGACCCAAAUCACCGCCUGCACAAGUAUCACUCUCGUCAUUUUCGUCUUCAUCGUCGUCGGAAUCUCCGCCUUCCAAUAAGCAAAGUGGAGAACCAAGACCUCGCCUUCACAGAAGCUUUUCUACGCAACAACGGUCGAAAUUUUCGCUCAAUCCCACCCCGACAAACGGGGUGGUAGGACCAAACUUUACGCAUUCAACUCUGAAUCGUAGCUCGCUACCAAAUGGACCUUUAUCAAAUCAAGGUGGCUACACCACGGGGACGUUGCUUAGUAAAAACGCCGCAUACUCAACAGCGCCCAUGAAGACGGUUUAUGCUUUGAACUUUCCGGUCACGAACAAUUUGGUGCGGGGAAGCGCGCCAUUUUCACCCACCUCUCACAACUCUUCGCCGUCAACCGGUACUGUGUCGAGAGCGAGCGCUGCUGAAAGCUCUGGCGUUGAACAAAUGGAAUUAGAUGCAAAUCGAGCAGAUGCCCUGCUGGAUGGAUUAGGAACCUCAGUCAACACAUUACCAAACGCAACGUAAUAUUCGUGGAAUAAUCUAAAUGGAACAACGCAGCGUACUUUAGUGUAGUUAUUAACCAGGUUUGAGGCCAAGUUAAAGGCCUAGAUUACUGGUCGUGUAGUGAGUGUUUCAAAAUACUCAUGUAAGGGCCGUAGAAGCGUUGGAACUCCGUGAAAUGUCUAGUACAUUGGAAUUUUCGAAGGAAAAGCGGAAGCGGAUAAAUGUGUUAAAGACCCUGAUUAUUGUCAGGACAGCAAACCUACUUCAGUCACUUGAUCAUUGCAGUCGUUUAUGUACUUAUGGUAUUUACUUUUGGGAAACAAACUCAGCAUAAACUUGACCUACUUCACUGUUCGUUCUCUCUAACUUCAGCUAAGUUUCGCUCGGUGCAACAAGUUACUCAUUUGGCAUAUUUGCCAUAACUACGCCAAGCAUUUGUUUUGUGUCACAACUGGGUCUCCUGAAUGAUGAAAUUGUUUUGCACAAGGUAACUCUAUUGGAAGUUGUUGCUGUGUUUUUGUGUGUGCAAAAAUGAGUUUGAGACUUUUUGCAUCUUGCUCAAAAUUUGUAUAUUAUUUGAAGUUCACUUUCAGAACGCUUUUUUCGUAUAGUUUUGUAUAUUAUCACGUUGUUUCGUAGUUUGCUUUUGAAAGAACUGCAUUUACUUUCCGAGCUGUAGUUAAGGAGAACGUUCAGUCACAUCCAAGAAAAAAAAACAGACAUUAAACUUCAAAGUUCGAAAACGUCGACAAACUCAGGGAGGUAUGAAUUUAGUGAAGAACAACCACAUCCUGCUCGUGUUGCACGUAGUGAUGCCUCGUUUUUUUUAAAACCUCCUCAAUUUGAAACAUCGGCGGCUAUAAAAAUAUGAAACUUCAAGCGAAAAGUGGGCGAUAACUGUGUUGCUAUGUACGGAACCGAUCAGUGUACAAAGUUAAUAAAACCCGAUCGAUGUUCCUGUAUUUUUUAAAACAUUAUUUAUUACAAAUUAUAGGAAGAUUAUUUGCGUAUCAUCAAUACACUUGACAGUGUUGACUAGGUUACGAGAAUUAACAUGUAUUGUGCGCGUUGAUGAGCUGUUUAGCGUAAUUGGAUCUUGACAGCCAACACUCUGUUCUGCGUACUCGGUAGACAAGCAGAGUUUGAAUUCAAUUGUUCUCCUUAGAUGAAACAAAGUCGUAUAUUUUAUAAAGCAAUCCGCCAUGUCCAAACCAAUACACUCUUUGUACAAGUGCCCCUUUCUUAUUUCCUUCUAAUGUAUUUGUGUACAAUAAAAAUUGCUGAUGACCAAACAAA